AUGUCGGUGGAGUUCCAAUCAUGCGCGAAGAAGAAGGCUGGCACCGAUGUUGAUCGAGGUGCAGUAUUCUCUGCUGUUGCAUUGGAGUGUCGCCCUAAGACCCACCGGUCCUCCUCCCCCCUGGGGAGCUCGCUGGCCAGCACCGCACAGGACCCACCGGCCCUCCUCCCCCCUGGGGAGCUCGCUGGCCAGCACCGCACAGGACCCACCGGUCCUCCUCCCCCCUGGGGAGCUCGCUGGCCAGCACCGCACAGGACCCACCGGUCCUCCUCCCCCCUGGGGAGCUCGCUGGCCAGCACCGCACAGGACCCACCGGGCCUCCUCCCCCCUGGUGAGCUCGCUGGCCAGCACCGCACAGGACCCACCGGUCCUCCUCCCCCCUGGGGAGCUCGCUGGCUAGCACCACACAGGACCCACCGGUCCUCCUCCCCCCUGGGGAGCUCGCUGGCCAGCACCGCACAGGACCCACCGGGCCUCCUCCCCCCUGGUGAGCUCGCUGGCCAGCACCGCACAGGACCCACCGGUCCUCCUCCCCCCUGGGGAGCUCGCUGGCCAGCACCGCACAGGACCCACCGGGCCUCCUCCCCCCUGGUGAGCUCGCUGGCCAGCACCGCACAGGACCCACCGGUCCUCCUCCCCCCUGGGGAGCUCGCUGGCCAGCACCGCACAGGACCCACCGGUCCCCCUGGGGAGCUCGCUGGCCAGCACCGCACAGGACCCACCGGUCCUUCUCCCCCCUGGGGAGCUCGCUGGCCAGCACCGCACAGGACCCACAGGUCCGUUUCCGGCUGGCGCGAGGCCCCCGGUCCCAAUCUCCCACGGGAGCGCAUGGGUUGUGCCAAAUGUUUUGCCGCAGUCUUUCUUCGCCGGUAG